AUGGGCCUCCUCGUGCAGCUCCUCGCCGCGCGCCUCGGGGUCGCCACCGGCCGGCACCUCGCAGAGCUCUGCCGUGACGAGUACCCCGACUGGGCGCGCCGCGCGCUCUGGCUCAUGGCCGAGGUCGCCAUGGUCGGCGCUGACAUCCAGGAGGUCAUUGGCAGCGCGAUCGCCAUCAAGAUCCUUAGCAAUGGGUAUCUGCCGCUCUGGGCCGGCGUUGUCAUUACCGCCUUGGACUGUUUCAUUUUCCUUUCUCUUGAGAACUAUGGUGUGAGGAAACUGGAAGCUGUAUUUGCAGUUUUGAUUGCAACGAUGGCAGUGUCCUUCGCAUGGAUGUUCACUGAUACCAAGCCCAAUGGGAAGGAUCUGUUAAUUGCGCUUGUGCAGUCGAGGAAAAUAGACCCAAAAAAGGAGUACCAAGUCCGUGAAGCAUUGAGAUACUACUCAAUAGAGUCAACGGUCGCAUUGGCUAUAUCCUUCAUGAUAAAUCUCUUUGUCACAACUGUUUUCGCUAAAGGAUUCUAUGGUAGUAAGGAAGCCGGCAGUAUCGGCCUCGAAAACGCUGGGCAAUAUCUACAAGAGAAGUUUGGUGGGGGCUUUUUACCUAUCCUCUACAUUUGGGGGAUUGGGCUAUUAGCAGCCGGUCAGAGUAGCACGAUAACAGGAACGUAUGCUGGACAGUUUAUAAUGGGUGGGUUCCUAAAUUUGAGGUUAAAGAAAUGGCUUAGGGCACUGAUCACCAGAAGCUUCGCAAUUGUGCCGACUAUAAUUGUGGCUCUGUUCUUCGAUUCAUCUGAUGCACUUGAUGUUCUAAAUGAGUGGCUCAAUGUGCUUCAAUCAAUUCAGAUUCCUUUUGCACUGAUUCCUCUGAUAACCUUGGUAUCCAAAGAGCAAGUCAUGGGAGUUUUUAGAAUAGGUCGUAAAAUGCAAGCUGUAACCUGGACAGUGGCUGCACUAUUGAUCACAAUCAACGGCUAUCUCUUGUUGGACUUCUUCUCAUCUGAAAUACGAGGUCCAUUGUACGGCUCAAUUCUCUGCAUGGCAGUGCUUGCUUACGCCUCAUUCGUAUUGUACCUCAUUCUGCGGGGCACUGAAAUCUCCAACCAGAUGAUUGUAGCAAUACGCAAGAGAUUGUCAUGA